AUGUCGCUCAAAUCCAAAAUCACGUCGCGAUGGAUUUCGCAAGCCAUCAGAUUCCCAUCAUUUGUCCCCAAGGGAAAUCUCACACCUUCGCAGGCAAUGUCCAUGCCUAACUUUGCCAGCUCGAUGUCUUCUUUCCGCACAAUUUCUUCCUUUCCUGCGCGAAAUCCCAGCCUGAAGGGUCUCCAAUCCUCUGGCCGAAUAGGAUCAAGACUCAACUUUACGCACAACUUUCCCGCUUCCUUGCAACGUUCGACCUUCCGACGCUUCAACUCAUCACGACCGAAUUCAAAGGCGCAGUCGGGGCAAUCGGGGUCCCUUUCCCAGCGCUUGAAAACGCUGUCACGGGAGUAUGGCUGGGCUGCGUUGGGGGUGUACCUACUGCUCUCGGCUAUGGACUUCCCAUUCUGCUUCAUAGCUGUGCGUCAGCUGGGCGUGGAGAGGAUAGGUCACUAUGAAGAUAUCGUUGUCGGAAAAUUCAAGAGCAUUUUUGGGAUGGAGAAUGGGCCGGAGGAGACGGGUGAGGGAGUGGCCUCAUCGGCUCAGUCUGAGGGCCAGCAAGCGGAGGAGGCCCAGAAGAAGACCAACGGGGACGGAGCAAGUCUCUGGACUCAGCUUGCUAUUGCGUAUGCGGUCCACAAGAGUCUUAUCUUCAUUCGUGUCCCUCUAACGGCGGCUAUCACCCCCAAGGUUGUCAGAGCCCUGAGAAUAUGGGGCUGGGAUCUUGCCAAAGGGAAGCCACGGGGCAUGUAG